AUGGCCGGCGGCCACCGCCUCCUGCUGGAGAACGCGCGGCAAGUGGUGCUGGUGUGCGCCCGCGGCGAGCGCUUCCUGGCCGGGGACGCGCUGCGCGGCCUGGCGGUGCUGGAGAGCGCCAGCCUGGUGGUCGGCGCCGAUGGGUUUAUAAAAGCUAUCGGUCCUGCUGAUGUUAUCCAAAGGCAAUUUUCUGAAGAAACUUUUGAAGAAAGAAUUGAUUGCUCUGGGAAAUGUAUCCUACCAGGUCUGGUGGAUGCACACACACAUCCGGUCUGGGCUGGUGAAAGAGUUCAUGAGUUUGCAAUGAAGUUGGCAGGUGCCACGUACAUGGAGAUCCACCAGGCUGGAGGAGGGAUCAACUUCACGGUGGAGCGCACCCGCCAGGCCUCCGAGGAGGAGCUGUUCUGCAGCUUCCGACAGCGGCUGGAGUGCAUGAUGAGGGCGGGCACCACGUUGGUGGAGUGCAAGAGCGGAUACGGCCUUGACCUGGACACCGAGCUCAAGAUGCUGCGCGUGCUGGAGCGCGCCCGGCGGGAGCUGCACGUGGACAUCUCGGUCACCUACUGUGGGGCCCACUCAGUGCCCAAAGGAAAAACUGCCACUGAAGCAGCGGAUGACAUCAUCACUAACCACCUCCCAAAGCUGAAGGAACUUGGCAGACAGGGGGAACUACACGUUGACAAUAUAGACGUGUUCUGUGAGAAGGGGGUCUUUGAUCUGGAUUCCACCAGAAGGAUUCUUCAAAGUGGAAAGGAGAUGGGACUGCAGAUUAACUUCCAUGGGGAUGAGCUCCACCCAAUGAAGGCUGCCGAGCUUGGGGCAGAACUAGGAGCCCGGGCAAUUAGCCAUCUGGAGGAAGUGAGUGAUGAGGGCAUUGCUGCCAUGGCAACAGCUGGGUGCUCCGCCAUCCUUCUGCCCACCACAGCCUACAUGCUGAGACUGAAGCAGCCUCGAGCCAGGAAGAUGCUAGAUGAAGGUGUGAUUGUUGCCCUGGGCAGUGAUUUCAACCCCAAUGCAUAUUGCCUUUCAAUGCCAAUGGUCAUGCAUCUGGCCUGUGUGAACAUGAGGAUGUGCAUGGCUGAGGCCUUGGCGGCUGCCACCAUCAAUGCGGCCUAUGCGCUGGGAAAAUCUCACACCCACGGGUCUUUGGAAGUUGGCAAGCAGGGCGAUCUCAUUAUCAUCAGUGCAUCCAGAUGGGAGCAUUUGAUUUAUCAAUUUGGAGGCCAUCAUGAAUUAAUUGAAUAUGUCAUAGCUAAAGGAAAAGUCAUCUAUAAAAAGUGAUAGAUCUGGA